GAAAUCCCCAUGUCCGCCCGGCCCAAUCUAUCUCCACGACUGCUAUUUAUUUAACGUACGGUUGUCCCAAAGCCCUAACUCUACUGGAUUAUUGAGCGGCGGCGUCGUCGGGGUUCACCUUGCUUCGAUGGGUGCCUACAAGUAUGUAUCGGAGCUUUGGCGCAAGAAACAGUCUGAUGUCAUGAAGUUCUUGCAGAGGGUGAGGUGCUGGGAGUAUCGGCAGCAACCUUCCAUUGUUCGUGUGACAAGGCCUACUCGUCCUGACAAGGCACGUCGCUUGGGCUACAAAGCUAAGCAGGGUUAUGUGAUUUACCGUGUUCGUGUUCGGAGGGGUGGCCGGAAGAGACCAGUUCCCAAAGGUAUUGUAUAUGGGAAGCCCACAAAUCAAGGUGUCACCCAACUGAAAUUUCAGAGGAGCAAGAGGUCAGUAGCUGAGGAGCGAGCUGGACGGAAGCUGGGGGGCCUCAGGGUCCUCAAUUCUUACUGGGUGAACGAGGACUCGACGUAUAAAUACUUCGAGAUCAUCCUGGUCGAUGUUGCUCACAAUGCUGUCAGAAAUGACCCAAGGAUCAACUGGUUGUGCAAUCCUGUCCACAAACACAGGGAACUGCGUGGCCUCACUUCUGCUGGCAAGAAAUACAGAGGCCUCCGUGGCAGAGGACACCUCUAUCAUAAAGCUCGACCAUCCCGCAGGGCUACCUGGAAGAGGAACAAUACUCUUUCCCUGCGUCGCUACCGAUGAUCUUGCUAGAGUUAGUUUGGGGCUUCAUUUUUCCGAAUAUAUUGUUGGGUACAUGGUAGUUUUUUAUGAAUUGAAAUUUUCCUGCACGAAUCGUUUAGUAUAAAAUCUAACUAAUUAAUGAGUGCCAAAGAUCAAAGGUCCCUUGGGAUUAAUUCCAUAAUUUUUUUUCCAGUAAUAUUUACUGGAAAAUAUAUUGCUGUAUAUAUGUAUAUAUAUAUUUACUCCGUCUGUUGGGACGGCUAGGUUUGUGCAAGAAGUAAUUGGCAGGUUAUCAUUGUGUUAAGGAACGAAUCCCCUCAUUUGUUAGAUUCAUAGUGAGGAUAGUUCGAUUGGUGAGUCGUGACUGUUUCCUUCUCCGUUCCCUUUGUUUGGCGGGGGAAAAUUCGUUAUGAUCAACUUCACUUA